AGAGCAUCGCGGAUAAAGUGGAGUACCAUUUUAUCCACCGGGAACAAGAAUAGGAGUACCACAAUCCUCUCUGUAAGGGAGUACUGAAGUGAUGGAGUAUGGAAUACACUUUACACUGGAGUACCAUAUUUAUGGAGUAUACCUUAUAUCUGUUAAAAAAGGAAAAGAAGAGCUUAAUCUAAUCAGAAAGCAAUGUUGGUAAUACCUGAUUCUCCUAAACCAUUAUAAGUACAACCUUAUCAGUACAGUAUCAUUAAAUACAAAAUUUAGGAGUACCAGCCAUAUGAGUAUAUGAAGUGUUAUUAGAUACCAUCUUUAGGAGAGUGAGUACCAACCUUACAAGUUUCGAGUAUUGAACUUAUGAGUACAGUGUCAUUAAAGAAGGAGUUGUGGGUAACAGCCGUAAGAGUUUUGAGUACAAACCUGACAAGGAGUACCAACCUGACUAGGAGUACCAACCUGACAAGGAGUACCAACCCGAGUUUUAAGUACUGAGAGAGUAACUAGUGGAGUGUCCUGUCUCCCACACAUAGGGGUGUGAUCUGGUAUCAGAGUGUGUGGCCAGCCACUGUACCCUAGUAGCAGCUGAAGCAGUGAUCACCACUAUACACACAGCUUAUGUGAUACUUGUCAGAGGCACUAGUGUAUAGGAGUAAUGGCCGACUCCAUUCACCAUCAUCCCUGCCACCAAACAUAGCUUGUGAUUGAUAGCAUGGGAAAGUUGUACAAGGGAUAAAAAUGCUAUCCAAGCGACAUUAUGACCUUGUUUCGGAGGAUGGUUAUGACACUCGGAUCCCUCUUCAUAACGAGGAUGCUUUUCAACAUGGAAUACACUUUCAAGCAAAGUAUAUUGGGACCCUGGAUGUACCUCGACCAAGCAGUCGUGUUGAGAUUGUGGCUGCCAUGCGUAGAAUCAGGUAUGAAUUCAAGGCCAAAGCGAUAAAGAAGAAGAAAGUGUACUUGAACAUUUCAACUGAUGGUGUGAAAAUAACUCUACGCAACAAACGCAAGAAAUCACUCGGUGGACGAAUGACAGAAGAGAAAAUAUUAGUGAUGCAUCAUCCUAUAUUCAGAAUCUUCUAUGUGUCACAUGACUCACAGGACCUGAAGAUCUGGAGCUACAUAGCUAGAGACGGUCCGACUAAUGUGUUCAAAUGUAACGUUUUCAAGGCUUACAAAAAGAGUCAGGCAAUGCGAAUUGUUCGAACGAUUGGUCAGGCUUUCGAGGUUUGUCACAAGCUUACAAUCCACCAUGCUGCCCAAAACAUUGAUCCAGAACGCAGUAGCCAUUUCUCAGAAGAUUUAGAAGCAGGAGAUUCCAAACUAGUGAAAGAAAAGAAGGACGUUAAAGAGGAAAAGAAACACCUGACCACGGGAAACAGUCCCUUAAAGGGCGAGGGCAAGGUCAUACCACCGGCGGAGCUUGCCCUCCAACAGGCUCAGGACCUGCUCAUCGCCAUGGCAGCAAAGUCACCGUGUAACAGAUUGAAAGAAAAGAAGGACGUUAAAGAGGAAAAGAAACACCUGACCACGGGAAACAGUCCCUUAAAGGGCGAGGGCAAGGUCAUACCACCGGCGGAGCUUGCCCUCCAACAGGCUCAGGACCUGCUCAUCGCCAUGGCAGCAAAGUCACCGGUGAAGCGUAAAGGCAAGGCGUCGCCACUCCACACGACAGGGGAGGAAGAUGGUGUAUAUCCAGCCAGUGUCCAGCACCACGUCCAGCUACUACAGGACCAUGUGGAGCAGAACCAGCACCACACACAAGUGGCUCUCGCUCAGGUCCAUCUCCUCAAGGACCAGCUGGCUGCAGAGACCGCAGCUCGUAUAGAAUCUCAGGCAAGAGCUCACCAGCUAUUGGUUCACAACAGGGAAAUUCUCCAACACAUGGCUGAACUUGUUACACGAUUACAUGAACUGGAAAUCCAGGUCAAAGGGACAUCGGCAUCCAUGGAAACUCUGCUUCCACCACCUUCACAUUUACAAUUUGCUUUGUUGCCUGACCCAACCACACCCCAGGUGGGGCCAGUGUUUACACCGGAUCAACAGGACCUGGAUAGCUCCUACAUGGGUUCAAUGACGGACUCCUCAUCGUUUAUCCGGAACAAUAAGUCUGACUUCGACACAGACUCUCCAGAUAGUGGACACAAGGAAAUGUCCACGGAAAACUUGUCCAAACCGGAGAGUGCCUAUUGGCAACAUGUCAUGCAUGGACAGCCAAUGUCGUAUAGUUCACCGGAUGGAUUUUAUGGGGAGCCUGUUGGACAGUUUGGUGAUCUGUCCUCUGUGACAGGCAAUCCAUUUGCUAAUGGGUUUAAUGAUAAUGUGGAGAGUUAUUAUCCACGGAACUCCAAUGAGGAACAUCUCAAAAUCAUAACGCCGUUGCCACAUCAAGAUGCCAGCGGAAACAAGCUGGAACUGAAACUGACCAAGACACCAAAAAUUGCCCCACCCCCUGAAUUCCGAAACUCAAAGUCUUACAGGGAUUCCACCAUUUCGCAAGUAAGCAUAGACAGUAUUUCUUCACAAGAACUGAACCUGUUGAUGAAAGGAGACAGUGAUUAUUUCUCCACAGUAACAAGUUCAUCAAGUUCUCACGUGAAUGAUAACGCUAUAAAUAAUAAUAACAAUGUGAAAAGUUUUGCAGGCCGUAAUAGUGGUACAGACUUAGACAACAGUGUCAGCAACUCUCAUAACAAUAAUACCGAAUCUGCUUUCAAAGGCAGCGACAUGUCAGCAGACUUCGUGACGACUUCUGACAUUCAAUAUAUUGACAAUAGGGAAGUGCGUGCCACAGCAACGACAAAACACAAAAUUCCACUGGAAAUGUGUGAACUGGACCAACAACACAAUGUCCUGCCUUCUGUUGACUCUUCCCCUCAGAGCACCCUCAGUAGGGAGGCCGGACACCUGGAGGAAAAACAUAUCAAAAUCAAAGUCCCCCCUCCCCCUCCACCUCCUCGUAAAAUUGACUCCCUUACUUUUGAAGAAUUUGAAAAUCUGGUAUCCUGAAAUUUGCAACAAUAAGCUUGUAAGAUUUUUCCACAUAUUUGUAUUUGACAUAUUUUAUGCCUGCUUUCUACUCUAUAUUGGAGUUUGAAUGUCCAGAUAAUGAUCCCAAACUAUUUGUUUCAAACUUGGGAUAAAGUGUAAAGUCAUAUCAAAGAAUUUGUGCAAGCUCUUGUGUCUAUUUUCACUUUUACAAGCCAAAUAUUUUCGUAAAAAGAGCUGCAUGUAAUAUCUUUGCUACCAGUCCCAGUAUACAAUGUAACUAGAUAUUUGUACUCUGAACAGAGACCCUAUCAUCAAAAUUAUUGGUGAUUUUCGACGAGAAGAGAGACAACGACUAGAUGAAGUUUGACUGAGUUGUAACAGUUUACCUAGAGGUAAACAAGGAAAGCCUGUUUAUUGUGUGUUUACAGGGAAGAGGGGACAACAGUAUGCUGUACUAGAUCAUUUAUUAUUAGCUUUGUCAGAUUUUGUAAAGAAUUUUGUAUAUAUGGUUAGUGUAUCGAUUCAGAUUUAUAUAUAUAGUGAUAGACAUUAUUUCAAUUGUACCUGCAUGAGCAAAUUUACAUUCAUUUUGUACCAUAACACUAAUUGUGUGGUAAUUUGGUAGCAAGUUUUCUGGCCCCAGUUUCACCAAUAUUCCUUAACUUUAAAUUGUUCUGAUAAGAAAACAUUUUUCUGGAACAAGGAACUUUCUCUAAUUAAUGUAUUCCUAUGGAAAAAAAUUAAGUUCCUUGAGCUAAGGAAUCUUAAUUGGUCAAGCAAUAUUAAUGAUACUUGGGCCUGAUUUUUAGAAAAUGAAUUGCUUAUAAGUCACAGUUUAUACUGUAGAUACAUACUAGGUAUGUGCACAGUUACCUAAUAUAGAUUGUGUCCUCUUUGGUUUUGAUAUUAAUCUACAGCAGUGUAGUGAUUCUCAAAGCUAUACAUAUAUGUGUAUAUUUCUUUCUGAUAUAGAAUUCUUUUAUGUAUUUGUCACUGUGAGAUAUCAUAUCUCUUUAAGUCAUCUUGUCACAAAAGGGUAGUACAUACAUCCUUAAGUUUGAUCCUUUUUCACAGUAUUUAGGCGGUAUACAGUCUCCAAAUCACAAUAAGGUAGCAUGUAUCCUUAAGCUUCAACUGUAACAAGAAGGUAGCAUACAUCCUUAAGCUUCCUUGUGACAGUAUGGUAGCAUGCAUCCUCAAGUCUCCUAUGGCGGUAAAGUUUAGCACUAAUGUGAUGAUCAAAUAUUAUAAGGGCUGCCACAGAAAUUUGUUCUCACAAAGAUGACUAAACUUGACAACAGGUUUUAAUGUCUGUUUCCAACUGUAGUGUGGAUUCUUCACACAGCUUGUGUCAACUAUCAUGGUUACAAUUAUGUUGAUAGUUUUACAUUUUCACCUGAAUAUUAUUUGUAACUUUAUCUUACCUACAUUGUUACGACAUAGAACUGAUUACAGAAAUAUUAAUUUUCACCAUAGUUCAAAAAACAAGUUAUAGGAUCUACUUCCAUAUAGUAUCAUACAGUCUUACUGGAUCUGAGGGUUGGUGGGGCUGGAGGGCAGAAUACCCCUUGGUUGGUAGUUGACUCGGUGACCUUACAUGUAAUAACUAUUACUCCUGCCAUCUAGAUGACAAUUGUGUUAUAAUCACCACACUACCCAAAUUUGCAUGUAUACAAAGUAGAUUACCCAUUGUGUAAAAGAAGAAAAGUAAGUUUAUGAAAGUUAUACUUAUAUACAAUAUGUAUGUACUGUACAUGUGCCAAGAACUGUGCAGAAAUCCUCAGUACUGUAUACUUAUAACCUGAGAGUUACGAUAUAGAGAAGUCAUCAUUUAAACAAUGUACCGUAUUUAUCCUAAUAAACGCCCCCACCCUAAUAAACGCCCCCCCCCCCCCCCCCCUUUUUUUUUGGAAAGAAAAAUUCCUCAAUUCGAGAAAAAGAACUUACCGUGGCACAGUUAUAUAUCCAUCCAUGUGUGUCCAGAGGUAAUUAUUUAAAGGAUAUCCAACAGAAAACUAACACAAACCACAAAACAAAGUUUGUCUCUUAGUUUUACAAUGUUUUGGAU